AUGCAAUGUGGAAAUUUACAGCCGCAAGAUGAAAUAUGGCGACCUGAUGCUGCGUUGCAGAAUGCAUUCAAAAAAUUUGAAGGACUUGGAUCUUCACACCUGAAAGUACAUGUCUUUGAAUCCGGCGAAGUGUUGUGGUACCCUUACCAGAUCCUUGAGUCGGCUUGUGAUGUUGACAUUACUUAUUUCCCAUUUGACGUACAGGAAUGCCCCUUCAAGAUAACAGCAUGGAGCUACACCGAAAAGAUCGUGAAAAUAAUCAAGAGUAAAGAUCAAAUAGAUCAAAGCGAGUACACGGAAAACGCUAUGUGGACUGUGAUUGGCUCUUCCGUUGAACAAGAAAAAACAGGUGAUACUACAAUUAUCUUCAAAAUAAAAAUGAAGAGAAAGCCGAGCCACAUCGUCAUCAAUAUAAUUAUCCCUCUUUUGCUUCUUUCGUUCUUGGCCGAUCUCACGUUCUUGCUGCCAGUAACGUCAGGAGAACGUGCCUCGUACGCAAUUACAAGUUUUCUGUCUGUGGCAGUUUUUCUGACUAUUAUUUCGUCCGAACUACCAAGUAGUUCUGAUAAUGUUCCAAUAAUUUCGAUAUACCUGACAAUAUUGUGUUUUGAAUCUACUGCAAUCGUUGUUGUAUCAUUGUUUCAACUGAGAUAUGCAAACGACCAGCCUGUCAACGGAUGUAUCAAGAUCAUAUACAGCAUUAUAAUGGCAAUACGAUGCAAAACGUGGGGAAAAAAAACAAUGGAAACAACGGAGAUGACGAAAUCAAACCCCUAUCAUGGCUAG